AGUAAGCGCCGCUCGAAAUGGCAGGCCCAAGUGUCCACACUACGGACCUCGAAAAUGCUUCCGCAAGAGCGCAUGUGCUCGGGUCUAGCAUCAAAGAUCGAAGCGAGAGCGUCGAAGAAGCCGCAACACCUGCCGGAGCGACCGACUUCGACACGGAGACAACCUACGUCGUGGGCCGCAUCAAGCCCACCAAGGAUUUACAACGAGUGGAGAAGGCUGAGAGUGUCCACAUUAAGCGUAUCGGGGUUGCUGGGCAUACUAACAGAACUAACAGAGCCGACGGCCCUGGCACCGUCUCAGAGACUAUCAACGACCAUGCGAACCGCAGCGCACUCGUAGGUGAGAUGACAGAUGAGACAGAACACCUUCUGCGCAAGCGCUUCGCGCCUGUCAGAGGUCAGUCGGCGAAGGCGGAGGAGAUUCAGGAUGAAGAUGAUCACCUGCGCUGUUGCAAUCUCAUUGUAGACUUGUGCAAGAUGACGAGAUCAUGUUUUGACCUUUAA